AGAAGACACGAGACGAGAGAGAGGGGAAGAGGUGCUCCACCGCAGGAAGGAAACCCAAUCCACCCAUCGAUCCGGUUGCGGCGGCGGCGCGGCGUGGUAACUACUAGCGACUAUGGUGGUGGAGGAGAUCACCGAGGGCGUGAAGAACAUCAGCGUCGCCGGGGACGCGGCGGCGUCAGGCGGCGCCGCCGGCGGAGAGGGGCAGAAGAGGGGCGGCAGCAGCAGCAACCGCAUCCAGGUGUCCAACACCAAGAAGCCCCUCUUCUUCUACGUCAACCUCGCCAAGAGGUAUAUGCAGCAGCACGGCGAUGUUGAGCUCUCCGCGCUCGGAAUGGCCAUUGCGACAGUUGUGACUGUGGCGGAGAUUCUGAAAAACAACGGGUUUGCUGUUGAAAAGAAGAUUAGAACAUCUACUGUAGAAAUAAACGAUGAAUCGAGAGGGCGCCCAUUCCAAAAGGCCAAGAUUGAGAUAGUGUUGGGAAAGAGCGAGAAAUUUGACGAGCUGAUGGCCGCUGCUGCGGAAGAGAGGGGAGAAGUGGAAGACGGUGAAGAGCAGGCUUAAUAAAGAGCUCUAGCGACAAGCAUCUGUUGUUGUGCUCUGUUAGUGUUUAAUACCGCGUGCAUUAGAGAUGGCACGCUUUCUUGUUUGACUGCAUUCCCAUGGGAGUGCCAGCGAGCUCAUCGACUGAUGUAUGAUGAUUUCCUCACAUUUUGGACAGCCAGUUUAUUUCUUUGGCUUUGUUUGUGUUGCUAGUUGAAUGUUCUUGAAAA